GUAGAUAACUGGCUUCCUCUGUUUAGCUGUUUGCCACAAUGUUAGCACGCAGACGUGGUAAGACAGAUCUAUCCAAAUGAUUUGAACGAUUGGUGAAAAACAUCUACCUUACUUCUGCGCCUGUGCCCUCGGGAACUGUUUCGAAGAUGAUUCCCACCGAGGACGCUUCCGCCAGGAAGCGGGAGAUCGAGGAGAAGCUCAAGCAGGAGCAGGAGACAUUGUCUUUCAUCAGGGAGAACCUGGAGAAGAGCGACCAGCUGACCAACGGAAUGGUGUCCAUUCUGUCUUCGUUCGAAAGCCGACUGAUGCAGCUGGAGAAUUCCAUCAUCCCGGUCCACAAGCAAACAGAGAACCUGCAGCGUCUACAGGAGAAUGUUGACAAGACUCUGUCCUGCAUGGAUCAUGUGAUCAGCUACUAUCACGUUGCUAAAGAUACUGACCGCAUCAUCCGGGAGGGACCGACUGGGCGACUCGAUGAGUACUUGUCAUGCAUCGCCAAAAUCCAGAAGGCAGUGGAAUACUUCCAGGACAACAAUCCAGACAGUCCAGAGCUCAACACAGUGAAAGCUCGUUUCGACAAAGGGAAGGAGCUGCUGGAGGCUGAAUUCCGCAGCCUGCUGACACGCUACAGUAAACCCGUCCCGCCCAUCCUCAUCCUGGACGCCAUCAGCGUCGACGAGGAGCUGGACGUCCAGGAGGAAGUAGUUCUGGAACACCUGCCCGAGGCGGUCCUGCAGGACAUCAUCUGCAUCGCUGGCUGGCUGGUGGAGUAUGGACGUAACCAAGACUUCAUGAACGUUUACUUCCAAAUCCGGUCCAACCAGCUGGACCGGUCCAUCAAAGGCCUGAAGGAUCACUUUCGUAAGAACAGUACCUCCUCUGGUAUCCUCUACUCACCGGCGGUCCAGACUAAACGCAAGGACACCCCGACCAAGAAGGCCCCUAAAAGACCAGUCUACAUCCCAGGGACCAUUCGCAAAGCCCAGAACCUUCUCAAACAGUACUCACAGCAUGGUCUGGAUGGGAAAAAGGGGGGUUCUAACCUCACUCCUUUGGAAGGCUACGAUCAUGACCUGAGGGUCAAACACCUGUCUGACGCCCUGAAUGAGAAGCACGGGGCUCUCGCUGGGAAAGAUGACGUUCUGGAUAUCGAGAUUGACUCGUACAUUCACUGCAUCAGUGCUUUUGUGAAGCUGGCACAGAGUGAGUACGCGUUGCUGACGGAGAUCAUCCCAGAGCACCACCAGAAGAAGACAUUUGACUCCCUCAUUCAGGAGGCGUUGGACAACCUGAUGCUGGAAGGUGACAACAUUGUGUCGGCAGCUCGCCGUGCCAUCCUGCGCCACGACUACUCUGCCGUCCUCACCAUCUUCCCGAUAUUGCGGCACCUUAAAAUGAACAAGUCCGACUUCGAUGCCACGCUGCAGGGAACAGCAGCGAGUACGAAAAACAAACUCCCUGCUCUCAUCACGUCCAUGGAAACGAUUGGAGCUAAAGCUCUGGAAGAGUUCGCCGACAGCAUCAAGAAUGAUCCAGAUAAGGAAUACAACAUGCCGAAAGACGGAACUGUCCACGAGCUGACCAGCAAUGCCAUCCUCUUCCUGCAGCAGCUUCUAGACUUCCAUGAGACAGCAGGAGCCAUGUUGGCCUCACAAGUUCUGGGGGACACUUACAAUAUUCCUUUAGAUCCCCGAGAGAGCAGCUCAGCAAGCAGCUUCACCUCUGAUUUCAGCAAGAAGCUCCUCAGCACCUACAUCUGUAAAGUUCUGGGGAACCUUCAGCUGAACCUCCUGAGUAAGUCCAAAGUCUAUGAGGACUCGGCUCUCAGUGCCAUCUUCCUGCACAACAACUACAACUACAUCCUCAAGUCUCUGGAGAAAUCUGAGCUGAUCCAGCUGGUCACUGUGACCCAGAAGAGAGCAGAGAGUUCCUACAGAGAACUGAUCCAACAGCAGAUCCAAGACUACCAGCGCAGCUGGGUGAGAGUGACUGAUCAUCUGACUGAUCGGAACAUACCAGUCUUCCAGCCUGGAACAAAGCUGAAAGAUAGAGAGCGUCAGGUCAUCAAGGACAAGUUCAAGGGUUUUAAUGAUGGCCUGGAAGAGCUGUGUAAAAUUCAGAAGGGCUGGGCGAUUCCAGACAAGGAGCAGAGAGAUUUCAUCCGUCAGGCUCAGAAGAAGGAAGUGUCAGAGGCCUACAGGACUUUCCUGCAAAGGUGUGCCAACAUCUCCUUCACCAAGAAUCCAGAGAAGUACCACAAGUACCGUCCAGAGGAGGUGGAGGAGAUGAUCGAGAGACUGUUCGACACGUCGGCCUGAAGCAUUGCCAGCGUCUCUCUCUCUCUCUCUCUCUCUCUCUCUCCAUACAUGUGACUGGAAUAACAUCUGUACUCUCCAGAGGCGUUGAUACAACACAAGGCUUGGGCUCACUCUGGUCAGAUACUUUCGGCGGCUACCAGCAGGUGGCGGCAUAAGCUUGGAAGCAGGAUACUGACGCGUGAUCAGAAAUACCGUUGGUUCAUAAUUCCAAACAAUAAUCGUAUGUGGCUGACUCUUUCACUCUGCAGUUGAAGGUCUGGCAGAGGAAAAUAUUUUAAUUGAGAAUUAAAUUAAUACUGCACAUUUGUUGUGUUUGUUUUCACAUGAAAGAUCACCAUAUUAAGCCAUUUAACAGCCAUCAUUUUUUUUGCGAGUGACCUUCUUCAGCUGUGAUCUAGAGUGGCAAUGUAACACCUCCUUCUCACUGAUGGACCUGUGUAAAUGAUGUCCAAGUGGAUGAAGACGCAAUAUAGGAUGCAGCUGCACUCAUUCAAGUGGAUUUAUAAUCACGAUCUGAGGGAAAUAUGGGUAUCCUUCAUCAAAAAAGCAAGUCUGUCGUCUGACGGAGAAACUGCUUGGCGAAUCCGCUGCACUUUGAAGUGAGUUGUAGUUCACCCUGCAUGUUGAAACUUUGACCUUUUCUGAGUUUGUGAUACGUUACCUCAGAAGCCAUUAAUCAUUUAAGAGUCUAGCUGGAAGUUGCAACUGCAGCUGCCGCUCUUUUUGGAGGUGGCACUGGAGGCAGGAAGUGACCGCCUUGGUGCCCAGUCACUUCCUGUGACUGAGGCUGAGCAGUUGUACAAGGAAGUGACAUCAAUGCAGCAGUUAGUUAGACUGGAAAUGAUUGACGGUGGUGCGAUUGUUUGAGUCCAGGAGAGAGUUCUGAGGUGGCUGCAUGAGAACAUGGGCUGCGUCUGAAAAUGUCAUUGUGAGGAAUGUUUAUCCAAAUUUAUUCACAUUACACAAGAACAAGAAAUGCGGUACACAAAAUAAAAACCAACCUUUAAAUGGUGUGGCAUGGCUGGAAAACAGUGCUGAUCUCUGAAUUAUUGGAAAUGCCCGAGCAGGAGUUUGAAGGCUACAUUCAGAGCACCUUCAGGCGCCGGCCUCAAGUGUACAUACAUUCAUACCUCAGCUUUGUUCUGCUUCUCCUCUGAACUCCUAGACUGCACUGUUGUCGGUGGAUGUUCGCUGGAUCACGUCAGUGUUUGACUAUAAACCUUCCGCACUAAAACUCAGUUGGCAGCUCCAUUUCUGGCUUUCAGACUUUUAAUGAGUCCAGUUCUGGAUCCAGGAUCAUAUCCAGGCAGGAAGCAGAAAUGCUGGACAAGGAAACCAGUGCUCUGACCCACCCAAUUCAAACUGGGGUCAUUUCUGCACCGAUUUAAUCUUAAAACAUAACACUUCAUCAAAAUUACACACGUUGUUAGUUUUGACAGUGUAACUCUGCUUUAUUUGGAGUCUGCGAUGAAGGUAAAAUGAGAGUAGAGAUUUCAUUUAAUACUCCAUUCACUGGUUCAUUCAUUUUAGAACAAGUAGUGCACCAUGCUUCUCUCUCCUGAAGAAAAUGCUAGUACCCCACUACCGCAUCAUUUGGUGUGCUGGUCAGCUCAUGUAAAAGCGUGUAUGUCACAAUGGUUGAUCCUGUUAAGAUUCAAUAUUUCCACAGUGGGAUUGUGGUGUCGCUCUGGGUGUUCCAAAAUUGUUGAUUUUUCCAGCUCCUCUAAGCCAGCCACAUUUUCUUCAAAAAGAUGAAAAUGUUCAUGGAUGAUUAUUCUGAGCAAAAAGAGAAAUUAUCUUCCUAAAAUGUGUUCUCACUGCUUUUCUCGAGCUCUGAAACUGCAGGCCAGUGGAUAUGUGGGAAGCUGGUUCCUCUUGUUAUGAGCAACCUUUCAUUCGAGUGUUUAAAUCAAAUGAUGAGGCAUCAAUUUUUCAAAAUAAAUUUCCAAACUUGUUUCUAGGAAUUCACGUGACAUCAGUAGAUUUAAAGUAUACUUUCUUUUAAUGUGAGCUGGUGGAGAUUCUCAGAAAUCUGGCGAGUACUUUUCCACCUCUAAAAAUAGCCGUAAAAGGUGGUGUUUUUCCGCC